AUGAGCUAUUACGGCGACGAUGACGGGGACGUCCAGAGCCCCUUGUUCUCCCAGAAGACGUGGAUUGGCGUUGCCGUGCCCCUCUGUGUCGUGGCUGGCAUCAUCUUCGCCUCCGUCUUCUUUUUAGCCCGGCGGCAGAGGGCCCGGCGGCGCCGGAACGGACUUUCUCUCAACCAGCAGGGCCGCCUCGCGCUUGAGCGUGACAUUCUCGAAGAAGGCUACGGCACGGGACCCCAUGGUGCCAAUGAAACUAGCGAGCGUCGUGACAUACGAGCUUCACAGACCGGCCCAGAGUCAAAUACCCCGAACAUCUAUCUGGGACGGUAUUUCCGCACCAACAACAGCGCUGCUGCCAAUAGCCGCGGAAUAAGCGCAGCGCCGCGUCGUCCUGGUGACGGCCGGCGCGGCCCGCGGACUGCCAACCGCUGGGCAUGGGCGCACACGACGGACCUCGCAAACACCACCCGCGAUGCACACCGCAUGGAAGGUCUCAACGAGCUGGGCGAAGCGCCGCCGCCCUAUGAAGCACCCAAGAAGGCGACCAUGACGGGAAGUGGCGAGGAUGGACAACAUGACGAGCGGGCGUCCGUCGCAGAAGGUGUUUCUGUGCCGGCGCCUGCGCACGUACGGCCAAGAUCUGGCUCGAGCCCGGGCACGGGCUCGGGGACGAGCACGUCGGCCAUCGCGCCGAACAGGAGCUUCGAAGAGGGGACGAUGGCAGCAGCAGAAGAGACAUCGUUACGACCCAGGCCGCAUUCGCCUGCGUCCAGUGAGUCUGGGGGAGCGGCAACAUCACGGGCAGGCGGGUCACCUUUGGUAUCGUCGUCAUCGCCCUCGACGCCGUCCGCCGCAGUCCGCGCCCAACCACCUACAUCACCGCCUGCCUACAGCGAACGAGAAGCUUUGAGCCACGGGGAUCGGCGAUGA